CUGCCGCCUCGUUCCGUCCGUCCCCACCGCCCCACGCCGCAACCAAACCUCGCCUCCUCCGCCGCUGUCGCCAUCUCUCCUCUCUAUCUACUACGACUACGAGGCCGCCCGCACGUGCCCCACUCCCUCCCGUGGGUGAGACACUGACACUCCAUUGUUCCAGUCCAAUCCGGAGAGGCCGCCCGUCCGUCGGCGCGCGCGCGAUGCUCCUCGUCUCCUCCGGCCAAAUGGCGGCGCUCCGCCCGCCGCGCCUCCUCCUCCUCCCGCCCCGCCCGGCUGCGCUGCCGCUCCGGCGCCGUCCCAGCAUGGGCGCCUCCUCGGCGAGGCGGCGUGGCGGCGCUGGCCGCGUCUGUGUGCCCCGGUGCGCGGGCGCCACACCCCCUCCGCAAACCUCCGCGGUACAAGUCCCAGCUCGCAGAAAGUGCUCGCCGUUGCUUGAUAGUGCUCUAUUGCCUGGUGGAAGUGAAUUGGCUGUGCAUGAAUGGAAGGCCGUUCCAGAUAUUUGGAGGACAGCAGCAGAAAAGUAUGCUGACCUUGUAGCUCUGGUGGAUCCUUACCAUGAUCCUCCGUCCAAAUUGACUUAUAAGCAGCUUGAACAACAAAUAUUGGAUUUCUCUCAUGGUCUGAGGGCUAUUGGUGUUGCUCCAGAUGAAAAGCUAGCCCUUUUUGCUGACAACUCAUGUCGAUGGCUAGUUGCAGAUCAAGGAAUCAUGGCUACUGGUGCUAUCAAUGUUGUUAGAGGAACAAAAUCUUCCGAUGAAGAACUGUUCCAAAUAUACAGUCACUCAGAAAGUAUUGCACUUGUUGUGGACAGUCCUCAAUUCUUUAACCGGCUUGCAGAAUCUUUCAUUUCAAGGAUUAAUGCAAGAUUCAUUGUGCUACUUUGGGGUGAUAAAUCAUCCCUAAAUAGUAAAGCUGUGAUGGACAUACCAGUUUAUGACUACAAUGAUAUCACUGAACUUGGACGAGAAAAUCGCAAUGCAUUAUGCUACUCAAGCGAGCUAUUCGAGCAAGGUCAGCAAGGCGUCUUCGAAGCUAUUGGUCCAGAAGACGUUGCGACCCUAAUAUAUACUAGCGGAACAGGUGGCACACCAAAAGGCGUGAUGCUUACACACCGAAAUCUCUUGCAUCAGAUAAAUAACUUAUGGGAUAUUGUUCCAGCAGUACCUGGUGAUAGGUUCCUAAGCAUGCUUCCACCCUGGCAUGCAUACGAGCGUUCUACUGAGUACUUCAUCUUCACUCAUGGAAUUCAACAAGUUUACACUACUGUGAAGCACCUGAAGGCAGAUUUGCAGCACCACCAACCUCAUUAUAUUAUCUCUGUACCACUGGUCUAUGAAACUCUGUACAGUUCGAUUCAGAGACAGAUAUCUGCUAGUCCUCCUGCUCGAAAAACUGUUGCCCUUGCACUUAUCAAGAUAAGUUUGCUAUUUAUGGAGGCGAAGAAGAUAUAUGAGGGAACAGUCUUAUCAAACAGUCCUGUCAAGCCAUCAUUCAUUUUCUACAUGUUCAAUUAUCUACGGGCAAGAAUCGUCGCUGCUCUUUUGUGGCCUUUGCAUAAUCUGGCAAAGAUGUUAGUCUACAAGAAAAUCCAUUCUUCCAUCGGAAUUUCAAAGGCUGGUAUUAGUGGUGGCGGAAGUCUUCCGAUGCAUGUUGACAAGUUUUUUGAGGCUAUUGGUAUCAAAGUGCAAAAUGGCUAUGGUCUAACAGAGACUUCCCCUGUUGUAGCUGCUAGACGGCCAUUCUGUAAUGUUCUUGGCACAGUUGGCCACCCAAUAAAGCAUACAGAAAUCAAGAUUGUGGACAUAGAGACCGGUGAGGUGCUCCCAGAUGGUUCAAAGGGGAUUGUGAAGAUUAAAGGACUGCCAGUAAUGAAGGGAUAUUAUAAGAAUCCAUCUGCUACAAAUAAAGCUUUGGAUCUAGAAGGUUGGUUCAACACUGGAGAUAUAGGUUGGAUUGCACCUCACCAUGCCACAGGUCCUAGUCGAAAGUGUGGAGGGAUGCUUGUUCUUGAAGGGCGUGCAAAGGAUACAAUAGUUCUCACUACAGGUGAAAAUGUUGAACCUGCUGAGCUUGAGGAAGCAGCAAGCAGGAGUAGCUUGAUUGAUCAGAUAAUGGUUAUUGGCCAGGAUCGGCGGCGCCUUGGUGCUAUUAUUGUUCCCAAUAAUGAUGAAGUCGUAGCAGCAGCAAAAAGAAAGUCGAGCCUUGAUGGGAACAACGGACUAGCCAAAGAUACGGUCAUGAGCUUGCUACAUGCUGAGCUGAAAACUUGGAUGGCUGGUUGCUCAUUCCAGAUUGGCCCUAUUCUUGUUGUCGACGAACCAUUUACGAUUGAUAAUGGUUUGAUGACACCAACCAUGAAAAUAAGAAGGGACAAAGUGGCGGCCAAGUAUCAGAGUGAGAUUGAAGCCUUGUACAAGUGAGCUGUUUGCUCAAAAAAAGAAAAGGUGAGGUGUGGACGCAGGGCAGCGCAAACAAGGCGAUCACUCCGGGCUGUGCUCUGUUUGAUGCAAAUCUGUACUGAAAAGUGAAAAUAGGUGUGAAAUAAAAGAAUCGAAAGCAAGGCAAUUGCAGAGGCCAUAGUACGUUGAAAAAACAUGUAUUUUUUUCGAUAAUGUGAAGAAAAAAACAUGUAUUUUUUUAACAGAGUCUGGUAGUAUCACUCAAAACCCAAAUCUAUGGCUUGCCACAGGAAAAGAAAAAUCAAUCUUCUAAUUA